UGGACAGUAAGUCUCACAGCCCCGUGGCUCCUAUCCUGUUCUCACUCUCUCUCUCUCUGUGUCUCUGCUGAACAAUUUCUGUGGAUCGCGAAUUGCAUCUGGAAUGGUUUUGUUCUCCGGUCUUCACGGGACGCAUCUAGCUGCUGCAACUACUCACACAUCUUACGCUCAUCUGGUAAAUUUGAAUUAGGUGAAACAACAGAAGCAUGCAACUAUCACGUGGAAACACCACAGCAACCAGGUGUGAGCGCCACCGGUAGCAGGUGUGAGCACCAUCACGUCCAGGUGUGAGCACCACCACGUGCAGUUGUGAGCACCACCACGACCAGGCAUCAUGUCGCAAAUUGAACUUGCGCCGAAAAGACUUAAUUUUUCAACAAUGCCUCUUACGACAACCUCGUCCACCCCCACCACCAGCACCACGCAGGUAACCACACCACUACCUGUGGUGACGCCGGAGACAUAUAACAAGAAAGCCGUGCAUGCAGGGAUCGGCACUGGCUUUGCUCUGUUGAUUCUGGUGCUCUUGAUGUCACUCGGCUACGCUUUCUACCUCCGUCGUCGACUGAAAUACUCGACGGCUCGACGCGGCGCUGAUACAGGAAACGCUGAAGGUGGUGGUACACGUCAAGAGGAACCCCCUUCGUCAGAGAGGUCUCAUAUUUUACGGAGGAAUCCCUCGAAGCAGGUGGAUACCGCGAAUGGAAAACAUACUUUUGAUCGCGACUCUCCACAGUACAUCGACCCCUUCUCGAUCCCUGGUCAGGACUUCGUAACAGCACAAGCGAGCAGAGAUCAGAAGGAAGAUCAUACUUACCUUAAUCUCAGCAGAUUACCUUCGAAACUCCAUCACGAGGAUCCAGUGUAUGAGAAUCUUCACAGCCAAGUGUACGCCAAUAUCACUCCUUACGACGCCGAGGAGUCGGCAUAUGAGCAGACGCCUGCGGCAACGACGCCAGGGGAUGAGGGGAAGCGGGAUCAGAAUUCAGGAUCCCAACAGCAACACCACUACGAUACUCACAACCAGGAAUACACCUAUGAGGUCGUGGAUGCCUGGGUCACUCCCAGCAAGUAAGCGACGACCCUUACAUAGAGACGACCCAAACACUCAGUGACGAUCCUCACACUCAAUGACGAUCCUCACACUCAGUGACGAUCCUCACACUCAGUGACGAUCCUCACACUCAGUGACGAUCCCCACACUCAGUGACGAUCCUCACACUCAGUGACGAUCCCCACACUCAGUGACGAUCCUCACACUCAGUGACGAUCCCCACACUCAGUGACGAUCCUCACACUCAGUGACGAUCCCCACACUCAGUGACGAUCCUCACACUCAGUGACGAUCCUCACACUCAGUGACGAUCCUCACACUCAGUGACGAUCCUCACACUCAGUGACGAUCCUCACACUCAGUGACGAUCCUCACACUCAGUGACGAUCCCCACACUCAGUGACGAUCCUCACACUCAGUGACGAUCCCCACACUCAGUGACGAUCCUCACACUCAGUGACGAUCCUCACACUCAGUGACGAUCCCCACACUCACUGACGAUCCUCACACUCAGUGACGUAAAGAUAAAAAAAAGUUAAAAAUAAAAUCAGACAUGUAAGGUAAUAUAACACAGUACAACUAAUAUGACAUUUAUGGUGUCAACCUUGACACCAUAAAUGUCACAGUAGUUGUACUGUGUCAGUACCUAAAUAUUGUCGGUAAUUCUGACAAUAUUAAUACAAAAUAGUACAUUUAAAUACAGGUUUAGUUUAUAUA